AUGUCUCAAACACCGCCCUAUACCCCGGUAUGUGAGGUAUCGUCGGCUACCUUUGAGGACACAAAAUCGUCAUCCAGCACUACCAUGUCAUGUCUUGGAACGGAUUCAAUCACAGUUGAUACCACGAACGCCAGUACGACGGGAACAACGGAGCCGUAUUACAAUUCGCCAACUUCACCUUCAUCUCAGAAAUUUGAUAGCUCACAUGUUCUUUCAAAUAUUCUGGAUACCAGGCCCCAGAUCCCAAAGCACUGUAUUGGGGUACCGAAAACGCCAUCGGGUACGAAACUCCUCACCCCGUAUAAAUUAAAAUCCAAAUCGCUAGAAAACUUUGUCCUUUCCUCGGCGGUCUUCGAAAUCAAGCUUGAUAGACUUCUUGGUAAGGGAUCCAACUCAUAUGUGCAUUUGGCCACUCUUUCAACAAGAGAAGCUAAGAACAUGGCUAUGCAAUUUGCUAUCAAGAUCCCAACCGCAAAAAAUAAAGUCAAGCUCAUAGAGAAGGAGACAGAGUUCUUGCUUCUCCUAAAAAACUAUAGAGACAACAUGUGGUAUAGGAAAUAUGGUGAUAAGCCAUUUCCAUUCGUCGACGCAUAUGGUUUGUAUUAUCUGGACAAAACACAGUUCCCUAUGAUCAAGAAAACAGAUUUGUUACCUUGCCUCCUAUUGAAGAACUCCGAUACGGACCUAUUCAAAUUCAUUAACGAAAGGCGCGAGAUAACCGAUGCUUCUGAACCGGCGAUCGGCCUAACAAAUUGGUUUUGUUUGUUCACCUUCUUACUGAACGUGCUCCAAGUCCUGCGAGACCUUGAGGCCGUUCAUUGUGAUAUUAAGACUGAUAAUAUUUUGGUGGAGAAUGCCUCUACUUCUGAACCAGUUUUCAAGCUCAUUGAUUUUACAUCGUCAGCCAAAAUCACAGAAAUACACGAGCAACCGGAAAUGACUCUGCAGUUUACUCCACCGGAACUGCUCAAGGAUCAGAACAAACUUCCAAGUUUCAGCACAGAUCUUUAUAGUGCAGGCUUGGUCUUAUUGCAUGCCGCUACGGGUAGCGCUCCAUACCACGGUUAUGACUACGAUCCCUACUAUCUCAUCACGUUAGUCAAGGAAGGAAAAGUACUCGAAUUAUUGACUAGAGAGGAAUCGAACAGGAUGACGGGGAAUCCUCAAGUGCACAAGAUUCUGAGGCUUAUUCUGGUGAAAAGGUGCACUCUAGAGGAGCUUCUUUCACUAAAUACAUGA